UUUUGGCAGUGGGAACCUAAGAUUUGUUUUUUUAUUUUCAUUUUUGUAUGAGUUUUGACUAAAAUUGCUUGUUUUUACACUAGCCAAGUUGAUUGACACAGAAUUAUUAAAAUCUCUCUGCUAUUAAAGUCUAACACAACAAUAAAGAAGUUGGGCGGGGGAUGGCUGGAUGUUUCCUGUAAAGCACAUUAUUGAUUUCCUUUUAUUUACCGUGAAGUUAAUAAGUACCAGGUUCAACAUGGGAUUUUCUCUCCCCUGGAGCUGGCUUGCAGUACUAACAUGUCUCCUCUGUAUGGGAGGUGAAGUUCGGUGUAAUUGUACGGAGGCAAAAGUACAAAUCGAAGGAGGAGAUUACAAAUUGACCAAGCAGCUGCAGACAGGCAGCCUGUUGAUCUACAACUGUCCUGAGGGUUACUACCCAUACCCAGUACUGACCCGCUUGUGCCAGCCUAAUGGCUCCUGGAACCCUGCACCCAGGAGGUUUAACCCCCAGAGAUGCAGACUUGUUGAAUGUCCAGAUCCCAAUGUGCUGGAGUACGGAAACGUCUCACCUCCUCAGGAAAAGUACUUUGUGGACAAUGAGACCACGUAUGAGUGCUACUCGGGAUACACGAUGAGAGGCUCAUCCAGACGUGUUUGCUUACCAAACGGAAAGUGGAGCGGCUCCACUCCCAUCUGUAGUCGUGACACAGGGGAUAAUUGUGCUGACCCUGGCAUCCCAGCCGGUGCCUCAAGAGAAGGACACAUAUUUGAAAUUGAUGACACAGUGAAAUACACCUGCAACGGCAACCUGUUUUUGGUGGGGUCGAGUGAAAGAGUGUGUCAGGAGAACGGCCAGUGGACUGGCAAAGAGCCAGCAUGCUACUACAAACACACCUAUGACACUUCCCUGGAAGUUUCACAGGCAUUUGGCAGUGCAAUUAAAGACAGUCUAACCACUCUUGAGCCAACUGAUGACACACAGGAGGGGAGGAAAAUCAGGAUUUCAAAAAAUGGGACACUUAACAUCUACAUUGCAAUGGACAUUUCUGAGAGCAUUGAUGAUAAGUCUGUCAAUGAUGCAAAGGAUGCUGUCUCAAAACUUAUUACAAAGAUUUCAUCCUUUAGCGUGAGUCCGAACUAUGAAAUCAUCUUUUUCUCCUCAGAAAUACUUGAAAUUGUCAACAUUCUAGAUUUUUUGGAGGGCAAAGUAACACUAAUCGACAUCAAGAAUAAACUGGAUAAAUUUCAAGCAAAAGACAGAACCGCUGCUGGAACAGAUCUAAACGAAGUCUUUUUGACCUUCUUGGAGAAAAUGGCUGUCAUAAAGCAACGAGCUAAAGAAGGUUUUAAGGAACAUCGUCAUGCUCUGAUCAUUUUUACAGACGGUGCUUAUAAUAUGGGUGGUUCACCUGCCCCUACUGUGGAAAGAAUCAAGAACAUGGUAUACAUGAACCACACUGCUGAGGGGGAGACUCAGCCAAGAGAAGAUUAUCUUGACAUUUACAUUUUUGGCAUUGGAGCUGAGAUCUUUGAUGACGACCUACAGCCACUUACAGUGGGGACCGGUGGACAUCAUUUUUUCAGAAUGAAGGACAUUUCUAAUUUACAAGAGACCUUUGAUGACAUAAUUGAUGAAGAAGAAGUUAAGGGCAUGUGUGGUCUUCACAAGGAGUAUGAAACACUUGACAGAGACAGUAAGAGGAAAAUGUAUCCAUGGAUGGCAUUUGUUUAUGUGCAGAAAGAUGGAACGACAAGGAAAUGCAUGGGCUCUUUGGUGACUCCUCGGUUUGUCUUGACUGCUGCUCACUGCUUCGUAUUUGGAGAUUUACCUGAGCACGUCACAGUUGAAAUUGAUGACGGACAAGGCAAAGUGAAAAGAGCUGAAAUUUUCCAUCUACAUCCAAACUACAAUGUUAGUGCUAAAGCAAAACAGGGCGUGAAGGAGUUCUAUGACUAUGAUGUGGCUCUCAUCAAACUGAAGGAAGAUGUUCGAAUCUCAGCUGCCUCCAGACCUAUUUGCAUACCUUGCACCUGGGAGACCAAUGAUGCUCUAAAACUGCCCAGUCAAUCCACCUGCAAAGAACAAGAGCGACAUCUUUUAAAGAAUCAUCUUGAAAGACUCAACUUCCUGACCAAAAAAGGUGACAGGGUAGAUGAAAGAGAUGUCCACGCUAAGCUUGGCGAUAAUAGAGAUGAAUGCAUCAGACAUGCAUUGCAGGCAGAGGGCAUAACAACAAGGAAUCCAAAGGACGCCGUAACUGAUAACUUCCUGUGCACUGGUGGUCGGAAUCCACAAAGAGAUCAUAUAGCAUGUAAAGGUGACUCUGGAGGUGCUGUGUUCAAGAACUAUGAGCAUCGCACAAUACAGAUUGCAGUAGUCAGCUGGGGAACCAAGAAUCUGUGCAAUGAAGGUGCUGUGGAGUCAGAUGACACAUCCAGAGAUUUCCAUUUAAAUCUUUUCAAAGUUGUCCCUUUUCUUAAAUCUAUUCUUGGAAAAGACACAGAUGACUAUGCACCACUGAAGUUUAUGGAGAACUAAAUGCUUUUACAUAGUAGCAUUUGUUUGUGACAUUUCAGUUAUAUAAUUUGUGUGUAAAAAUAUUGGUCUUAGUUAUUUUCCUGAUUGAUGAUAUGAUCAAAUCACUCAUUCAUUCAGUGUUUCUUUUCAGAUUCUGAAUUUUAAACAUAAAACAUACAAUUUUCAGAUAAAAUUUUCUCAUCCAAGACAUACAUACAAACACACUCUCGAAAUGUAGUUACAAUCAUGCAAAUAUUGAUCGGUUGUUCUGUUCAGUACAUUAUCAUCAUUUACUCAGUAUCUCCAGUGGUCAGCCUGUAUGUCAAGAGGGCAAUAAAUCAGCUUUAACCUGUA